AUGGUUAAAACUAACUAUUCUGGUUUAAAUCCUGUAGUAGUGAAAGCAUUAACUAAUCUGCAUUACAGAUAUACCGAUGAAACGCCAAAAAUGUGGUGUUCUCAUAUUCGUGUUUCAUUUAGGAAACUUAUCGAAUAUAAUCCAAUAUUCUUCUCAAAAAAUGAAUAUAUUCAUAUAACUGAAAGAUUAUAUAAAGAUGGGGAAUUUAGACCUGAGAAGCGUUCAUUUCAUAUAUAUUGCACUGCAUGUGAUUCCUUAGUAUUUAUCUGUGAUAAUACCGAGAAAUGCGCAAAUAAGCAUCUGAAUGAAUGCAUUGCUAAAAUAGAGGAAAGGCGUGUUGCUUAUUAUAGAUCUAUAUUAUGGAAAUGA